CCAAGGGUGAAAUUCCAUGCCAGGAGCAAAGGCAACAUGGACCUCACGCUUCUCUGCCUGCUCUUACCACUGGCCAUGGUAGCCAAGGGCCAAUAUGGUGACUACCGGUAUCAGUAUCAUGACUACGGUGAUGAAGGCUGGGUGAAUCUGAACCGACAAGGCUUCAGUUUUCAGUGCCCCCAUGGGCAGGUGGUGGUGGCUGUGAGAAGUAUCUUCAGUAAGAAGGAGGGUUCCGAUAGGCAGUGGAACUAUGCUUGCCUGCCCACCCCUCAGAGUCUUGGGGAGCCGACAGAAUGCUGGUGGGAGGAGAUCAACAGGGCUGGAAUGGAAUGGUACCAGACAUGUUCCAGCAACGGCCUCGUGGCUGGAUUCCAGAGCCGCUACUUUGAAUCGGUCCUAGACCGAGAAUGGCAGUUUUACUGUUGCCGCUACAGCAAGAGGUGCCCGUACUCGUGCUGGUUGACAACUGAAUACCCAGGCCACUAUGGUGAGGAGAUAGACAUGAUCUCUUACAAUUAUGAAUACUACAUGAGAGGAGCCACUACUACUUUCUCUGCAGUGGAGAGGGAUCGUCAGUGGAAGUUCAUAAUGUGUCGGAUGACAGACUAUGACUGUGAAUUUGAAAAUGUUUAGAAUGUCAUGUACCAAAGCUGGUUGGAGAGUCUGGGGACUGGGGAGAGAGCUAAAGACAUCUCUAUUCAUCAACAGACCAGAAGGAGCUCCUACAGAAGGAACUGGUCUUCUCUCUUUCCAUCCCUGAGUUAUUGAUUGUCACAUCAGCCCAUUUGGUCUUUCUGCCUAGUACCACCAUUCUAAUUAAACCCAUAGGUUUCAUUAAAUCUCCUUUCUCAUUAUUGAUGCUUUGGUUAGAGACCAUCUAUAUAUCUGUCAAUGGCUUUCUGUAUUAUAUCAUGCAUGUAUUAUACCUGUUCCCUAUGCUACAAGAGAGUCUAGUUUUUUGGAGGACCUGUCAUAGAUGCACACAAACAACACCAGCAAACAAUUAAUAUUAAGAAAUAUAGAAUAAGCUGAAGGCAGGGACAAAGGGUUGUAGGUGGAGGAGGAUGAAGAAUACAUCCAGUUGUCAUCCAUUUGAUUCAAUUUUUUUUUGUCAUUCUAUCCUAACCAGAAAUGUCUUCUUGCCAUGUAGCACCACAUCGGGAGUGUUCAAAUUGUGUGCUCUGGUAGUGAUGGGUGGGAAGGAAAUCAGGGGAGGCUCAAGGGUUUGAAGAGAGAAGGAGUUGAUAGUUGGCUAAAAUAAUUUCCUGUCUUUGGGAGAGAUACAUGAAUCAUUAUGACUGCUGACAAAAAUGAUGUGUGCAUGUGUGCAUAUUUGUGUGGAUGUGUGUCUCUGAGUACUUGUGUGGAUGUGUGGAUAUUAGAAGGACAAAUAGGAAUUAGGCUGAAGGAGAAAAAAAAGAUAUAGUUGAUUAAGAUAAUGUACAGGGAAAAUAAAUAAAAGAGAAAGAACUUGACAAUUUUGAUCAGCUGAGAAUUCUGGAAUGACAAGCAGGGGAGUUCUGCCCACCACCACUGCCUGAGGUCAUUCCAGUGAGGUUCAGAUUUCGGAAGGUGGAAGGUGAGAUAUGAAUUUUCAACAGACCGUGGAAGGGCAAAUAGGAGACAUUUCUGUGACAGCUGCCUUACUGAGCUUUUUCCCUGGGCAACUCCUCCCUUAUCUGGGUGCAUCCAUGUGCCCUCAGACUGUGGUUGGAAAAUGGGCCUUGGGAACAGGACCGUCUCCCUGUAGAGUUAGGAUUCUUUGACAUAAGAAAGGCAGUAGAUGUGGGAAACAUGUUACAAUCCUCCACCCCAACCCCACUCCGUGACACCUUCAGUCCCUAUCACUUGGCACAAUGGUAAAUAAACAGAAUAAACAACUACUAAAUAAAAAAUCCACUAUUUUACAACCA